UUGAGUAGCCUCAUACGUCCAUCUGUGUUAUAGAUGAACGCUAUCCUAUGUUAUCGAUCUUAACGUCAUGAAUAUUAUUGAACUCCCCAGGACAUUAUCGAGAGGUGCGCCCCGGGUAGGAGGCGGAAAGAGGGAACCAUCGUGCGGGGCGGCGGUGGCGCAAACGCCACCGGGCUCCCCGGUUGAAAGUAACGCGAAAGCGCCCGGGCUGUUGCUUGUGUGUUGGUGUUCGGUUCUUGUGUGUGUCUACGUCUAGCCCGUUCAGAAUGAUCCCGAGCACCGCCCAAACGCCUGGCGGCUCUUUCUACGGUCACACGGGUGCCGUGGGUGUUCUACCGCUUUCAGCUGCUUGCCGUUUGUUGGUUGUCGUGGUUUUCGUGCUUACCUUGUCCAGAAUCAUGAUCCGGAGCACUACCCAAACGCCUGACGGGUUUACCGUUGCGCGGGUGGGUCUGGUUUUUCACACUUCUCGGCCGUCGCUUAGUUGCUUGGCCGUCUGCUUUUUUGUAUGUUGUUCAGAGUUCAGCUCUGGCCUUGCUUCCAGCUUCGAGCUUUCAAGCGGCUCCCUCUGGGCUUUCGAUUCAGCUCCGAGCUUUCAGCCUUGGCCCUUCGACUUUGGGCCUUCAGCUUUGGGCUGUCAGGUGUGGGCUUUCAGCUUGACACUUUAAGGCUCAGGGCUAACCAAUUCCCGUGCCUCUUUCAAUUCUUUCAGUUUGUUAAUUCAGGCUCUGGGGGCUUUGGUUUUAUAUUAUCGUGUAGAUUUUGAAUGGAUUUAGUGCCCAUCUGCGUGAAGUCAGGGCUAACCCCUUCCCGCGCCUUCCUUUCUUUCAAUUUUUUGGCUUCGAAUUCUAGACCUAUAAGCUUCGGCCCUAUCGCGAAGGUUUUAGCUUCACUUUCUUUCAAACGCAUCUGCGUGAGGUCAAGCCUAACCAAUUCCCAAGCCUCGCGCGCAGGCUCAUAAGCUUGCAAGCCCAUAAGCUGGGCAUAAGUGCGGGCGCCGAUGCUGGUGGUGAUGGGGGUGGAGGUGAUGCAGGCCCGCCGAUUGGGUGGGGUGGGGUGCGUAGGCUCCUAAGUUCACAGGCGCAGGCCCAUAGGGAAAAGCUGGGAAGAGCUGGGAAAAGUUGGGGAAAGUGAGGAAGAGGUGGAAGAAGUUCGGGAAAGCUGGAAGGAGUUACAGUUAGGGAAAGCCGAAAGGAGACUCGGGGAAGCUGGAAGAAGUUAGGGAGAGCUGGAAGGAGUUAGGGAAAGCCGGAAGAAGCUAAGUUGGGAAGAGUUGGGAAAAGUUGGGGAGAGAGAGCCGGGAAAAGUUGGGAAGAGUCGGGAAAAGUUGGGAAAAGCUGGGAAAAGUUGGAAGAAGUUGGAAAAAGCUGGAGAAAGCUGGAAAAAGUUGGGAAAAGUUGGAAAAAGCUGGGAAAAGUUGAGAAAAGUGGGGGAAAGCUGGAAGAAGUUGAGGAAAGCUGGAAGGAGCUGGGGAAAGCUCAGCGGUAAGAAGUUAGGGAAAGCUGGAAGAAACUUGAAAAGUUGGAAAAGUUCGGGAAAGCUGGGAAAAGCUGGGAAGAGUUGGGGAGAGUUGGGGAGAGUUGGGAAAAGCUGGGAGAAGUUGGGAAGAGUCGGGAAAAGCCGGGAGAAGUCGGAAAAAGUUGGGAAAAGUUGGAAAAAGUUGGGAAAUGUUGGAAAGAGUUGGGGAAAGUUGGAAAAAGCUGGGAAAAGUUGGGAAAAGUUCGGGAAAGCCGUAAGAAGACUAGGGAAAGCCGUAGGAAGACUGGGGAAAGCUGGAGGAAGUUAGGGAAAGCCGGAAGAAGCUAAAGAAAGCUGGGGAGAGCUUGAGGAGGUGGGGGAAGUUGGGAGAAGCUGGGAGAAGUUGAGAAGAGUUCGAGGGAGUUGGGAAGAGUCGGGAGGAGUCGGGAAAAGUUGGAAAAAGUUGGGAAAAGUUCGGGAAAGCCGUGAGAAGACUAGGGAAAGCCGUGAGAAGACUGCGGAAAGUUAAGUUGGGAAAAGUGUUGGGAAAAGUUGGGAAGAGUUCGUUGGGAAGAGUCGGGAAAAGUUGGAAAAAGUUGGGAAAAGUUGGAAAAAGUUGGAAAAAGUUGGAAAAAGUUGGAAGAAGCUGGAAAAAGCUGGAAAAAGUUGGGAAAAGUUGGAAAAAGCUGGGAAAAGUUGGGAAAAGUGGGGGGAAGCUGGAAGGAGUUGAGGAGAGCUGGGAGAAGCUGGGGAAAGCUCAGCGGUAAUAAGUUAGGGAACGCUGGAAGAAACUUGAAAAGUUAGGAAAAGCUGGGAAAAGUUCGGGAAAGCUGGGAAAAGCUGGGGAGGAGUUGGGAAAAGCUGGGAGAAGUUGGGACAAGUUGGGGAGAGCUGGGAAGAGUCGGGAAAAGUCGGGAAAAGUUGGAAAAAGUUGGAAAAAGUUGGAAAAAGUUGGAAAAAGCUGGAAAAAGUUGGGAGAAGUUGGGAAAAGUUGGAAAGAGCUGGGAAAAGUUUGGGAAAGCCGUAAGAAGACUAGGGAAAGCCGUAGGAAGACUGGGGAAAGCUGGAAGAAGUUAAAGAAAGCGGGGAAGAGCUUGAAAAGCGGGGGAAAGCUGGGAAGAGUCGGGAAAAGUUGGGGAAUGUUGGAAAAAGCUGGAAAAAGGUGGGAAAAGUUGGAGAAAGGAGCUGGAAAAAGUUGGAGAAAGUUGGAAAAAGCUGGAAAAAGUUGGGAAAAGUUGGAAAAAGGUGGAAAAAGUUGGGAAAAGUUGGGAAAAUUGGGGGAGAGCUGGGAAGUUGGGGAAAGCCGGGAGGAGUUAGAGGAAACUGGGAGAAGUUGGGGAAAGCUGUAAGAAGUUAGGGAAAGCUGGCAGAAGCUUGAAAAGCUUGCAAGAGCUGGGAAAAGUUGGAAAAGCUCGGAGGAGCUGGGAAGGGCUGGGAGAAGUUGGGAAAAGUUGCAAAGAGUUGGAAAAAGUUGGGAAAAGCUGGGGAAAGUUGGGAAAAGCUGGAUAAAGUUUGACAAAGGUGAAAAAAGUUGGGAAAAUUGGGGGAAAGCUGGAAGGAGUUAAGGAAGGCUGGGGAGGAGUUGGGGAAAGCUGUAAGAAGCGGGGGAGAGCUGUGAGGAGUUAGGGAGAGCUGGGAGAAACUUGAAAAGUUAGGAAAAGCUGGGAAGAGCUCGGAAAAGUUGGGAGAAGCUGGGAAAAGUUCGGAGAAGUUGGGGAAAGCUGGGAGAAGCUGGGAGAAGUUGGGAAAAGUUGGGAAAAGUUGGGAAAAGUUGGGAAAAGCUGGGAAAAGUUGGGAAGAGUUGGGGAGAGUUGGGAAGAGUUGGGAAAAGCUGGGGGAGAGAGCUGGGAAAAGUUGGAAGAAGUUGGAAGAAGCUGGAGAAAGCUGGGAAAAGUUGAGAAAAGUGGGGGAAAGCUGGAAGAAGUUGAGGGAGGCUGGAAGAAGCUGGGGAAAGCUCAGCGGUAAGAAGUUAGGGAGAGCUGGGAGAAGCUUGAAAAGUUGGGGAAAGUUGGAAAAGUUCGGGAAAGCUGGGAGAAGCUGGGAAGAGUUGGGAAAAGCUGGGAGAAGUUGGGAAGAGUUGGGAAGAGUCGGGAAAAGCCGGGAGAAGUCGGGAAAAGUUGGAAAAAGUUGGGAAAAGUUGGAAAGAGUUGGGGAAAGUUGGAAAAAGCUGGGAAAAGUUGGGAAAAGUUCGGGAAAGCCGUAAGAAGACUAGGGAGAGCCGUAGGAAGACUGGGGAAAGCUGGAAGAAGUUAGGGAAAGCUGGAAGAAGUUAGGGAAAGCUGGAAGAAGCUAAAGGAAGCCGGGGAGAGCUUGAGAAGCUGGGGAAAGUUGGGAAAAGUCGGGAGAAGCUGGGAGAAGUUGGGAAGAGUUAGGAAGAGUUCGAGAGAGUUGGGAAGAGUCGGGAAAAGUUGGAAAAAGUUCGGGAAAGCCGUGAGGAGACUGGGGAAAGCUGGAAGGAGUUAGGGAAAGCUGGAGGAACGGAAGUUAAGUCGGGAAGAGCUGGGAAAAGUUGGGAAGAGUCGGGAAAAGUUGGGAAAAGCGGGGAAAAAGUUGGAAAGAGCUGGAAAAAGUCGGGAAAAGUUGGAAAAAGCUGGGAAAAGUUGGGAAAAGUGGGGGGAAGCUGGAAGAAGCUGGGGAAAGCUCAGCGGUAAUAAGUUAGGGAGCGCUGGAAGAAGCUUGAAAAGCUGGGAAAAGUGCGGGGAAGUUGGGGAAAGCUGGGAAGAGUUGGGAAAAGCUGGGAGAAGUUGGGAAGAGCUGGGAAGAGUUGGGGAGAGCUGGGAAGAGUUGGGAAGAGUUGGGAAAAGUCGGGAGAAGCCGGGAGAAGUCGGGAAAAGUUGGAAAAAGUUGGAAAAAGCUGGAAAAAGUUGGAAGAAGUUGGGAAAAGUUGGAAAAAGCUGGGAAAAGUUGGGAAAAGUUCGGGAAAGUCGUAAGAAGACUAGGGAAAGCCGUAGGAAGACCGGGGAAAGCUGGAAGAAGUUAAGGGAAGCUGGGAAGAGCUUGAAAAGCUGGGGAAAGUUGGGAAAAGCUGGGAAGAGCUGGGGAGAGUUGGGAAAUGUUGGAAAAAGCUGGAAAAAGGUGGGAAAAGUUGGAAAAAGCUGGAAAAAGUUGGAAAAAGUUGGAAAAAGCUGGAAAAAGCUGGAAAAAGUUGGGAGAAGUUGGGAAGAGUUGGAAAAAGGUGGAAAAAGUUGGGAAAAUUGGGGGGAAGCUGGGGGGCUGGGGAAAGCCGGGAGGAGUUAGGGGAAACUGGAAGGAGCUGGGGAAAGCUGUAAGAAGUUAGGGGAAGAUGGGAGAAACUUGAAAAGCUUGCAAGAGCUGGGAAGAGUUGGAAAAGCUCGGAGAAGCUGGGAAGGGCUGGGAGAAGUUGGAAAGAGUUGGAAAAAGUUGGGAAAAGCUGGGAAAAGUUGGGGGAAGCUGGAUAAAGUUGGACAAAGGUGGAAAAAGUUGGGAAAAUUGGGGGAAAGCUGGAAGGAGUUAAGGAAGGCCGGAGGGAAUUGGGGAAAGCUGUAAGAAGCUGGGGAAAGCUGUGAGAAGUUAGGGAGAGCUGGGAGGAACUUGAAAAGUUGGGAAAGGCUCGGAAAAGUUGGGAGAAGCUGGGAAAAGUUGGAAAAGUUCGGAGGAGCUGGGAAGAGUUGGGAAAAGCUGGGAGAAGCUGGGAAGAGUUGGGGAGAGUUGGGAAAAGCUGGGAAAAGUUGGGAAAAGUUGGGAGAAGCUGGGAGGAGUUGGGAAAAGCUGGGAAAAGUUGGGAAAAGUUGGGAAAAGCUGGGAAAAGCUGGGAAAAGCUGGGAAAAGCUGGGAAAAGCUGGGAAAAAUUGGGAAAAAUUGGGGAGAGCUGGGAGAAGUUCGGGAGAGUUGGGAAGAGUUCGAGAGAGUUGGGGAGAGCUGGGGAGAGUCGGGAAAAGUCGGGAGAAGUCGGGAAAAGUUGGGAAAAGUUCGGGGAAGCCGUAAGAAGACUAGGGAAAGUAAGCCGUAAGAAGACUGGGGAAAGCUGGGGGAAGACUGGGGAAAGCUGGAAGAAGUUAUGGGAAGCUGGAAGGAGCUGGAAGAGCUGGGAAAAGUUGGGGAGAGUUGGGAAAAGCUGGGAAGAGUUGGGAAGAGUUGGGAAAAGCUGGGGAGAGAGAGCUGGGAAAAGUUGGGAAGAGUCGGGAAAAAGCUGGAAAAAGUUGGGAAAAGUGGGGGGAAGCUGGAAGAAGUUAAGGAAAGCUGGGAGAAGCUGGGGAAAGCUCAGCGGUGAGAAGUUAGGGAGAGCUGGAAUAAGUUAGGGAAAGCCGGAAGAAGUUAGGGAAAGCCGGAAGAAGUUAAAGAAAGCGGGAAGAAACUUGAAAAGCUGGGGGAAGUUGGGAAAAGUUGGGGGAAGCUGGGAAAAGUUGGGAAGAGCUGGGAAGAGUUGGGAAGAGUUGGGGAGAGUUGGGAAGAGGUGGGAAGAGUUGGGAAGAGCUGGGAAGAGUUGGGAAGAGUUGGGAAGAGUUGGGAAGAGCUGGGGAGAGUUGGGGAGAGUCGGGGAGAGUCGGGAAAAGUUGGAAGAAGUUGGAAAAAGUUGGAAAAAGCUGGAAAAAGUUGGGGGAAGCUGUAAAAAGUUGGGAAAAGUUGGAAAAAGCUGGGGAAAGUUGGGGGAAGUGGGGGAAAGCUGGAAGAAGUUCAGGGAAGCUGGAAGGAGUUAGGGAAAGUUGGAAGGAGCUGGGGAAAGCUGUAAGGAGUUGGGGAAAGCUGGAAGAAGCUUGAAAGGUGAGGAAAAGUUGGGAAAUGUUGGAAAAGUUGGGAAGAGUUGGCAAAAGCUGGCAAAAGCUGGGAGAAGUUGGGAAGAGCUGGGGAGAGUUGGGGAGAGUGAAAAAGCUGGGGAAAGUGGGGGAAAGCUGGGAGAAGUUGCGGAAAGCUGGGAGAAGUUGCGGAAAGCUGGGAGGAGUUAGGGAAAGCCGGAAGAAGCUGGGGAAAGCUGUAAGAAGUUAGGGAAAGCGGGAAGAAACUCGAAAAGCCGGGAAAAGUUGGAAGAGUUCGAAAAAGUUGGGAAGAGUUGAGAGAAGCUGGGAAAAGCUGGGAGAAGUUGGGAAGAGUUGGGAAGAGCUGGGGAGAGCUGGGGAGAGUUGGGAAGAGUUGGGAAAAGUUGGGAAAAGUUGGGAAAAGUUGGGAAAAGUUGGGAAAAGUUGGGGAGAGUUGGGAAGAGCUGGGAAAAGUUGGGAAGAGUUGGGAAGAGUUGGGAAGAGUUUGGAAAAGUUUGGAAAAGUUGGGAAAAGUUGGAAAAAGCUGGGAAAAGUUCGGAAAAGUUCGGAAAGUUGGGAAGGCUUGGAAGCUCAUGAGUCAGAAGCGGAAGGCUGAGAGCUUGGGGGGGUGCUGUCGUUUCUGUCUUCUGCCGUCGUUGUUUUCGUGUGGUGUGUUGUGCUCUCUUUGCUUUUUUCGUGUGCUCUGUUUGCUUUGCUUUUUUCGCGGGUCGGUUGUGCUUUGCUUUUUUCGUGUGUUGUGCUUUGCUUUUUUUUUUGUGCUGUGCUUUGCUCUUUUCGCGUGUUGUGCUUUGCUUUUUUUUCCUGCUGUGCUUUGCUUUUUUUUCGUGCUGUGCUUUGCUUUUUUUUCGUGCUGUGCUUUGCUUUUUUUUUGUGCUGUGCUUUGCUUUUUUUUUGUGCUGUGCUGCAGUUUUUUUUUUUGGCCCGAAAUGUUUAGUUUAGAUAUAUAUGCACGAUAAAUUUCUUUCACGGCCGAGAGGAUUGAUGUUGAUGAUUUCUAUUUGUGUUGAUUUUUGAUACGUAGUUCGAUAACUGGUGCAUUACGUUUCUGCGCACUAGCUGUGUGAAACUUAAAAAUUUCGAGUCUAUUGUACAAUCAGUUUAGAACUUCAACUUGAUAUCGGAAUUAUGUUGGUAGUAUAGGCCUGCGCGCUGUUCUUGCAGUUUUGUAAACGAUUGAAAUCGGCAAAUGGGUUUUUAUAAGCAUAAGUAAGAUGAAAAAACUGAAUUGACUAGAAUAGCACAACUCGUCGUAUUGUACACGAAUGAAAAUGCAUAAGUCCUUUGUAUUCAGUUUUUUCUACAUGAUCAUGGAAAACACAAAUUUACAAGACAAUGCAUGAAUACAUAGCGAGUUAGAAUACUUUUUAGGUCAUAGACAUAAAUGGUUGGGAUUGAAAAUCGGAACUAUCAUGUUCUUGCAUGAAGCCAUCAAAAAAUAAAUUUCGACUUGUUGUAGUUCCUUUUUUUUGUGUCAUUUAUUUUCGGAGAAGCUUACGUUGCCCGGAAGAAAACGCGACCAUCAUAUCUCGCAAAAAUAACUGAAGCAAAGAUGAACUGUAGUUGCCUACCUGCACGAAACUAACCGAAAGGAAAGAUUAGGAAAGAAAAUGUUAUCGGAGCCUGAUGGCCACUGCCGU